AGCACAACUGAAAAAGCGGUGACGAAUGUUCUUGAAAUAUUCGAUCGCUAAUUUCCUACGCAGUUUUCAUUUGAUGUGAAAGUUUAUUUGUUAAAAAUUGUGAUCAAGUAGUGUUUAAAAUGUCCUUAAACACGGCCCACGCCGAUCAUGGCGUCCUGAUACAUGCAGGGGAAGCCAUCAUCCUGUUCUCCGACAAUGUCAUGGUCGACUUCUAUGGCAAUGACACCCCCGAGUUCAAGGGGAGCAAGAAUGGGCGCAUGUACCUCACUACACACCGCAUGAUCUACAACUCCAAGAACGUUGCUGACAGCCUGAGGUCAUUCAGCUUUCCCUUCAUUGCUCUGCAAGAUGUCAAUGUGGAGCAGCCCAUGUUCUCCGCAAACUUCAUCAAGGGCAAGGUGCGCGCUCAGCCCAAUGGCAACUUUGUUGGAGAAGUAAAAUUUAAACUGGUAUUCAAGUCUGGCGGAGCCAUCGAGUUCGGGCAGGCCAUGCUGAAAGCCGCACAUCUUGCGUCACGGCACGGCACGCCGGGCGCCGCGCCGCCGCCGUACACGCCGCCGACCGGCCCCUGGUACGCCGCCCCGCCACCGGCUUAUGCGCCGCCGCCGCAGGGCUACUACGGAUGGGUGCCGCCCUACACUGCGUUCCCCGACCAGCCGCCACCGAACUCCGUGUUCGUGUCCAAUAGCCCGCCGCCGUACCCCGGCGUGGCGGGCGCGGGGUACCCGGCGGGCGCGGGCGGGUUGUCGGGCGCCGCCGCCGCCCCGCCCGGUUACCCCGGCGGCUUCGCGCCGCCGCAGCCGCAGACCAACGGCAUGUCGCCCAAUGAUGCCAAAGCGGCCGAGGCGGCUAGAAGCGCCUACUAUGACCCUAACAGGCCCCAAACGGCCUACGUUCCGCCGCCAUACGAUCAGCCCCCGACCUAUCAAGAAUCUACGUCGAAGAAAGAAAACUAAGGCACUGUCCGCACUUCCACCUCGGGCAGGCGCCGCUGCCUGUCGGCGCCACGCCGCUGCCCGAGCCCUGCUGCAGUAAAGAGACCAUACUGUAAACGCUCACGCCCAGUGUGCCCACUAUUUUCUAAAUACCACAAUUUUAAAACACCACUGACAUUUCU